AUGCGUGUAGCCGUCGAGUUGCCGUUGUUCGAGGCCGUGUGUGCUACUGACGGUGACUCGAUCACCGCUCGAGAGAUAGCCAAAUCCCAAGACGUUAAAGAGGACCUUGUCGGUACGUUGGCGCCGCUUCGACAUGAAAAGAGGGAACGUAUGCCAAAAAUAUGCAGUUUGUAUAAUGCGCGCCCUCACGGUAGUGGGUGUCUGCGACGAGCCGGCCUUUGUAAUUACUCGCCCAAUGAUGUCACCAAAGAAUUCACAUCAAGAGGGCUUGUGGAUGGCGUCAAGUGCCUCUCUCUCAAACGUACCGGGCCCCGCGUCCCCAAACCCCCAGAAGAGACUGCUCUCGCCUACGCCGACAAAGCAACCCUGUUCGAGUGGAUGAAGAAAGCUCCAGAGCAGCGGAAAUACUUUGACAGUUUCAUGACAGGACGCCGCAAAGGAAUUCAAACCCCUAAAAAGGGGCCCGGUAGCCCACCGAGAGGCGACCAAAAGAAUGCUAUUUUGCGCCAUUUUGAAUAUAGUUCUUGA